CCCGCCGGCGCCCGGCUCGCUGCAGGGGCGCCCGCGGCACGGGGCGGCUCUCAGCACCCGUCUGCCUCUCUCCUAGAUGGCGAACCUGGCGCUCCUGCGAGGGCAGCUGGACAGCGCAGAGAAACUCUUCAAAGCAGCGAUAAGCCUCUUGCUGGCUGGGGACGCUAAGCAGGAUGACAACGCGAUCAUCGAGAUGUCGCUCAAGCUGGCCAGUAUCUACGCUGCUCGGAACCAAGACCAGCAGGCUAUCACAGGCUACAAGUUCUGCAUCCUGACCCUGGAGGAGAAAACAGCCACGCAGAAGGACUUGCCUGAAGACGUCCUCCCUGCACAGGAAAAAGCCAACACCCGCCUCCUGCUUGGAUUAUGCCUGGACUCCUACGGCCGCUACCUCCUCACCCGCAACCAGCCAGCUGUGGCCCAAAUAAUGUAUGAGAGAGCCCUGCAGAUCUCCAGGGACAUCCAGGGAGAGACCCAUCCACAGACAGUGAUCCUGAUGAGCGACUUGGCAACUGUGCUGGAUGUGCAGGGACGCUAUGACGAAGCAUACACCUACGUGAAAAGGGCAGCGGAGUUGGCGAAGCAGACGAAGCAUCCCGAGGAACAUGUGGUGCUGAACAACCUGGCUGGAAUUCUGAUGCAUAAAGAAGACUUUCUGGAAGCAGAACGUGUAUAUGAAGCAGCUCUGAAGCAGGCACGACAGAAGGGAGAUGAUGCAUCUGUCCAGCGCAUCCAGAAGGAGCUGGCCAACCUGGCCACGCGGAGAAAGGCACAAACUCCCUAGGUGGCAAUGUACAGAGGUAGCUUGAAGCAUCACGGGGGGCCAGGAGGUGGCUUGCGCACAGCACGGGCAUGUUGGGAUCUGGGGGGAACUAAAAGGACAAAUUACAGGCUCGGUGCUGAGUGAGCUGGGGAGCACGGGAGGUGCUGCUGUGGCCUUUUGUCUGGCCCUAAAUAAAGCAUUAAUUGUUAUAGAUGCCCAA